AUCCUACGUUGGCAGCGUUUAUCGUAUGCGGUCCCUUGCAGUUUAUGGUUUCUGAAAUUACUCUACGCGAUGGAAAAAAAGGAGAGUGAAGAGCAAGAAAAGGAAGAUAAGAGAGUGGAGGAAAAAAAGAUUGACAUUCCUUAUCCGUAUGAUUGCGUGAUGUGAUGGAGGAUCUUGUCACGAGACUUCCCGGAAAGGCGAAGGUUGAAAAGCGGAGCUUUCAAUAUUAAAACCAUAGUUUUCAGUUUUGCAACUGACAGUAAGCGCCAUGGCAGAGGAAGUAGAUCUGUUUCAUCUGAAGCGUUUGCAAUGUUUCAACGACGCCGUGUUCGCCAUAGUAGCGACCAUUUUAGUUCUGCCUUUACGAAAACUGGAGGAGACAGCAGUAGGAAGUAGCAGUCUGGAAGAUCAGUUGAACGACAAGUGGCCUCAGUUACUUAUCUAUCUGGUCGGAUUUCUUGUGAUUUGCGCCGUGUGGGAAUCGCAUGUUCUUCGCUUUCGAAUCUUGUCCCGAGUUGAUGAUGUUCUAGUCUGGUUCAACCUCGGGUCUCUACUGUUCACUUCGUUCCUCCCUUUCACGUGCGCUCUCGAGGGCAUGUUCACAAAGAAGUAUCUACCAAUGAUGCUGAUCUGUGGAAAUCUACUAAUUCUUGAAGUCUUGGAAGUCAUCAUGAUAGUGUACGCCUUUCAUCAACCACGUCUGCUCGACCGUGAAUUUGAGAAUCUCUCCCAUCAGGAGAUAAAACAGAGAAUGAAGCUCAUGCUGGUGAAAAAAGCCGUCAAUCCCAUCCUGUAUGUUUUAGCUGGUGCUCUUAGCUUGGCGAAGAUCCAACUCGCUCUGGUGGUUGUGGCAAUUGUCGUGAUUUCCCCGUGCAUCAAUCGUCUUGUGGGAGUUAUUUAUCGCAAGUUCACGCGCGUUUACCUAACCGGGUCGGAGUUUGAUCGCAUGUUUGGAAAUUUCAUCGACAAGGAAAGAGUGGAGUUUUUCAGCGAUGGACUUUUCGCGAUUGUUUCUACGCUGUUAAUCCUGGAUAUUACUUCUGAAGAUUUUCCCACAAAAGCGGAAGUUGAUCAUAACGGCAUUCAAAAAACGUUGCUGCACAUGGAGUCUGAAAUUUUCACUUACGGCGCCACAUUCGUGGUGGUUGCGCUUUUGUGGUUCACGCACCACUCCCUAUUCCACUACAUCGAGAGGCUGAAUCAAGUCAUGCUGGUCUGUAACAACAUCUCCUUAGCUUUUGUGGGCCUGUCACCCUUGAUCAACGUCACACUGAACCGCUACGCUGGGCACGGCAAACCAGACAGCCGCCUUGCAGUCCAAGUGGGAGCCAUUAUCGUCUUCAUGGCAAGUAUCACUCAAGGAGUAGUGUUCAUAAUCGCGCUUUGCAAAGGUCCCAAUUACCUGGAGUCGCGCGCGGAUCCUCGCGUGGCGUCUCGAACACACUCGUACCUCGCGUUGAAGCUUGCGAUAAUUCCACUGAUGACCUUCCUGGUGUACAUUGCAGCUACUGUGUGCCCAAACGCUUCUCUUUCAGAUGAUGUAUACCACAUUGCUGCUGGAUUGACUCCUGUAAUAUUCAUCCUGAUGAAGCUUGUGUUCUCCUGCUACUGGGACCGCUGUCACUGCAGGCGGCAGGCGGCGCUAAGUAACCAAGAGAUCGAGUCAGAAUUUCAUAGCAUUGCUGAAAAUCAGUAACUGAAGACUGGAUCACGGAUCACUACGUGGACUUGAAUGAUGGGAACUUUGCACUUUGCGACCUUGAUACGAAGGAAAAUUUGUGUUUAAUAGUAAUCUUCGUAUAUUUUAUGGAGUCAUUUUCGUUAAACUGAUCAAUUCCUGGCUUCGACAAUCCUUCAAUUUCCAAGCGUAUUCAAUCGUCAUUCAAUAAUACACAUAUAGAGGAUAUUACACGGUGGCGAGAAGAUAUGAAUUUUAUGUUCUCGUGGCAAG